AUGGCCAAAAUUUUAAAUUCAAAACUUGACUCUCAUAAACUAAAAGCUGUUGCAGGCAAGGAACCACGUCAUCAACGUCAUUCGCAUGAAGAAGAGAGGGAAGAGGAGGAGAAAGAGGAAGGGAGAGAAAACAACUAUAUAAGCAAAAGAGGGCCAACAAGUUUUCCGAAAACUUUUUAUUGGCGAAAACGGCAGCAUGAGUCACAGCAAAGGGCCUACACUGAAACAGAUGGCGCCCAACAUUAUGCCACUUCACACAUUAACACAAAAUGCAGCAGCAACAACAACAAGAACAAUAUAUCACAGCUAACAACAACAACAUCCAUGGUCCAUAUAAUGCAAACACAACACCUGCAACCAGCUGACAACUAUAGAUCCCUAAUAAUGGAAUCGACUACAAAGACUUAUAAUCCAUCAAUAACCCUGGCAGGCUCACCAACCAGCAUCUCCUCUCCAACCUCCUCUUUAUCACUGUCACUCUGGCCCUCUUCAUCAACACUCUACUCGAAUUAUAGCUGUUGUGUCUUAACCUAUAAUCUCUUUGCAGCCUAUGCCGAGGCUGCCACACUACAGCUGAAACGUAAAACCUCACUGACAAAACUUUUCUAUGCCGCCAGUGGUUGCUGGGGGCCAACAGCGGCUGGGCUGCGGCGUCACAAUGAUAUGAGCAGUAUUUGUUAUCUAAUACUGAUGGCCUUUGUCUAUUGGGGUGUUAUGAUACGGGCAGCGGUGGCCACAAAUUUGGCUAACAAUAACACACACUACGUGGCAGCAGCAAAUGUCGUGGAUGCCGCCUCAACUCUAAAUGCCACAAUGGAAAAUUUCCCCAAUAAAGAUUUUCCUCUAAAUUCACAAAUCUUUGACCAAUUUCCGACACACACAAAUGCCAGCAGAGCAGUAGCAACAGAUCUGAAUAGUAGUAAUACGUCUUCAAAUUCUCAAGCUUUUCUAUCUUUAUCUACUUCUUCUUCGUCGUCGUCGUCUCCGUCGUCGUCGUCACCUAUCUCUUUGGAUAUUUUAAGCAAUUAUCAGCGACGCCUAUUAACACGUCGUGAAGCCGCCAAUGUGCCUGAUUUUGAUGAUGAUGAUUCCAGUUAUCAUGAUGAUGAAUUUGAUGAAUAUGAAACGUUAAUUCGUAAUAAAUCUGCCAAAGGUAAAUAUAUCGGUGCCCCAUGCAAUAAUAUGACAUGUGAGCCCACUUUGUUGCAUGUCACCUGUGAUAAGGAGACACAAAUAUGCGGCUGUGAAAAAGGUUAUCCCGUAACAAUUGGUUUGACCAGGGGAUGUGAUAAACCCAAAAAACUGGGCGAAAUGUGUUUCUAUGACGAGACAUGCCAGUUCAAUGAUGAAAACUCCCUUUGUGUUCAGGUGCGUCACAAUGCCAUGUGCCAGUGUGUGAAUGGCUAUCAUUCGGUGAGCUUAAAUAAACCAUCACGUCGUGUCUUCUGUACUCCAGAUCUAGACGAAUUAAAUUCCGAUCUGCCAACACUGCUGGGUGUAUGCGUCGGCAUUGGAGUACUGGCCGGUCUAAUAUGCAUGGUUCUGCAUCUGUUUAGUAAAACCAAAUAUCCAAGGCAUCGGAAUUUCGGUGAUGCCAAUUUACCGCCACCUAUAAUGUAUUCAAGUGAAACAGGUAUUCACCAUCAACGCCAUUACACAGUGCAAUCCGGUCGUCCAUCAUCACGUUCGAGUAUACGCUCCAGUGGCGGCUCAAUCGGUUCCUAUGGCAAUCGUCGUUCGUCCACGGGUGGUGUUACAUCAACAACGGCCGGUUCCAAGGGCAUACUGGUAUCGACGUCACGCACAGGUUCUCGAAGACCAAGUCUAGCAUCUGUCCAUAGUACAAGUUCGUCCGUUCGCAGUUAUAGUAUGAUGCGUUUCGAAAAGGAACAGCAACAGAAGGAGAUACGUCAUGAGAUGAAGUUGCGCUUGGCCCGUUUGCAACAGCAGCAACAACAACAGCAAUUGGGUCAAUAUAAACCGCAAAUCAUUAUUGGCGAUACGGCCAUGACAAUGCAACAACAUGGUGUGGCCUUGAAUCGGAUAACAAUGGCCACGCCCAGUCCCAUGACACCGAACUCAACGGAUGAACUAUUGCCGGCGGUGGAUGAGAAUUCUGAG